AUGGAUGCUUACUUCCAGAACAAGUCUUACGAGGAGGCUCUUGAUCUGUUUGCAAAGAUGGAAACUAAAGAGGGAAGGAAGCGCAUAAGUAGGACAGGACAUUCUUUAUCUAUAUAUUCAUGCCAAGUCAAAAGUGUGGCGAGACUGCCUUCUUUUGCUUCUUUGAUGAAGAAGAGGCGUGUUAAGAAUGAGCCUCAAGUGAAUCAGGCCAUUAGAUAUUCUCCUGAAUCCCCUUAUUUCGCUGGAGCUUACCAUCUUGUAGACGAAGAGCACAGAGAGAACAAUCUCAUUUAUCAUAGCUAG